AUGAUUCCUCGAUCUACGUCUCUCCACGUUGGAGUGAACACCCGCGUUUUGCAAGUGCAAACAGCAAUCUACCGGCGUCAUCGCUCAACCAAGCAAAGGUUCCAUGAUGCAGCAGUUGUCACACCAACAACCCAGCCUCCACUGGAAGUCUCGUCUAUGGCAAGACUUCCAACCAGAUUUGUCUUGCGUUCUUUGCUCUUGACCUCUCUUAUGUCCUCCAAAUUAGUUCUCAAGCCUGCACUAGCCGUGCUCAACGUCGUCACGAAUUCCAAGUCUGCGAUCCUCAACCCCGAUCGAAACCGUAUCCUCAAUAAAGUCCUCCGAUGGACAGUGUAUGAUCACUUUUGUGCGGGCACGAAUCGGGCAGAAGUGUCGAAAACAGUUGCAGAUAUAAAGAGCAUUGGCUAUCAAGGAGUCAUUCUGGGUUAUUCGAAAGAGAUCGUGCUGGACCCCAACGAGAAGUUGGCUCGCGAUGAGGCUGGCUCGACAACCUACAGUGACAAGUGCUAUAACAUGGUGGAAGAAUGGAAGAGAGGUACACUCGAUACUCUCAGUAUGGUCGGAUCUGGAGAUUUUCUGGCUGUGAAACUCACAGGUGCCGGCCCAAUUGCCGUUGACGGCAUGGCAGAGAAGAGUGCCAUGCCCGAAGUUAUGAUCAAAGCUAUGGAUGAAAUUUGCAGCGCUGCUCAAGCACAGGGAUCACGCCUGUGGCUAGAUGCUGAGCAGCAGGUUCUCCAGCACGGCCUAGAUGACUGGGCUAUUGAGAUCAUGCGAAAACAUAACAAAUCCGAUGAACCGCUUGUGUACAACACUAUUCAGGGAUAUUUGAAAGCUUCAAAGGCAAAUCUCGAUAAUCACAUCACCUUGGCGGCAAAGGAGGGCUGGGCCCUUGGAAUUAAACUGGUUCGAGGAGCAUACAUUGAACACGAAACACGAUCUCUCAUCCACGAUACCAAGGAAGAGACAGAUGAAUCCUACGAUCUAAUUGCCGAUACAAUGCUCUGUCGCAGAAUGCCCGAAGGGAUCAAAGAAUUGACAUUCCCUCACGCUGCCCUUUUCCUUGCCACACACAAUGCCGCGAGCGCCGCUAAGGCAAUUUCCACUCACCAGAACCGUCUGCUUGCACACAAGCCAACGGUGAUGCUCGAAUGCGGACAGAUCCAAGGAAUGGCAGACGAGCUUAGUUGCGAACUGGUGCAGAACUAUGAGCGUGCUUUGAAGGAUUCAUCUGCGGCGAACAUGUCAGUUCCUAAGGCUUUCAAAUGCAUGGCGUGGGGAUCAGUCUCCGAGUGCAUGCAAUAUCUUCAUCGUCGGGCUAUUGAAAACAAGGGUGCCGUUGAGCGUACACAACAUAUGGUGACUGCUCUGCGCCAGGAGCUUUGGCGAAGAAUUGUGGGUUGA